AUGGAACACAUUACUCCGAUAAAGGAGAUUGACUCAAUCAAGGACGAUUUCACAAUUAAGGUUCGGAUCAUACGUCUUUCGCAAACGUCAAAAUUUGAUGCAAACGAAACAUACUCGAUUGAAAUGGCUUUGAUGGAUGAGGAGGGAAGGAAAAUUCAUGCAUCUUGUCUGAAGAAAUGGUUUCCUAAAUUCCACCGCUAUUUAAAAGAGGAUAGUUCAUUAUACAUCAGAAAACCUAAUGUCGCACAAAAUACUUCAAAAUUGAAGUUUGCUGAUCCAGAAAAAAAACUUACUUUUAAUCAAGAUACAAAUGUGAAGGAUUGUGAAAACUUUUCUGGUUCUGCACAUGACUUUGUUUUUGUUUGA